AUGAUCACUCCAUCAAUUCUAUUAUUUCCAUUCAUUUGUAUUGCCCAUUUCUCAAAAACAGAUGCCUUUUUAGCGUCUGCUUUCUCAAGUGUUUCCCAGGCUGGCCGUACCUCAAACUGUGCCGAUUGGUCGGAGUUCGGGCCGUGCUUUUCGACGGCUGAUCGAUCUUUUUGGAGGAAUUUGCCCACACAAUGCUAUCAAAAUCGAUAUAUGUCGCUAAUAACCGGUAUCGGAAAUCCGAUCGUGCAAAAAACGAUGGACUAUGCGGAGCUCUUCAAUAAGUCAGCAAACGCAUGUGGCAUGUGCAAUGUGCAAGUUUCUUGCAGCCCACGUUGCGAUUACACUCCGGGUGGCAAUUCCUUUGGCGUAGUGGACCGUAUUUGUGAUUUGCCGACAGAGCGUCAAGCCUGCGCGAUGAGCCAGCAAGCUUUCGAGCCAUCCACCGGUCGUUGUCAUGUUUGGCCGCCUAGGUACACGACAGCCGUCGAGUUUUUGGGAGCUUUAGUUCCAGAACACAUUCGAAAACAAGUGUGGGCGCUGAGACCACUCAAUUGUAUCAGUAUUGAGAACAAAUGUUAUUGUUGUUGCUCUCCAUACACGCCGAAUCCGUGCGAUGCGCAGUGUACACUACAUCCGUGCUCUCGACGACAUCACUUUUCCACAGCACAGAUUAAAAUUUUGAGACGAAAAUGGUUAGAAGCGAAGGAAAAAGUCGUCGAAGAGGAGAGUAGAGAA